CACAAAUAACUGCAUUUUGGCUGAUGCUCUACGGAACAUACGCUAUGGCCGCUAUGACACAAUGGCAUAUUUAAGAAGAGUGUCUUAUUCGGUGAGAGGGUAUAUAGACAUGCAAAUAGGCCCUUUAGCUAAUGAAAUCCUUCUCGAAGAUAUUCCUGAACAGCUACCAAUGAUUGGACUUCAGCCUCUGCCACCUGUAUUGCCACCAUUCCACAUUCGUGGUGCUGGUAGAGGUAGGAGGGGUCGUGGUCGUCAACGGGCAGCAGCAGUUCCAGAAAACCAUGGAAUGGUCCGGCAUCCAAAUGUGCGCCAACAACCAGGUGGUAACCUUAGAAUAAUUGAAGGUCGCCAUCUUCUCGGGAAUACAGACAAUAUUGAGGUGCCAAUCCAGAUUCAAGCAAAUAAUGAAGACCGAAAUGAGCCCAUUGAUCAGCCAGAAAACGAAAUUGAACAGCCACAUAUCAAUGAUACGUUAGCGGAGGAAGAGGUCUAUGAAAUAGUUGAGCUUGGCAUAGAUGAUGCUUUUGUUGACGGUAGAUUGAUUUUAAAUGUUAUAAUACUGAAACAUUAGCUUAAUAACUUUCCAUUUAGUUUCAGAACAAAAUACUCAACCAGCUCACCAGGCAGCUGAUUUAGAUAUCCCUACAUUUGAAGGCAAGUUAUUAU